UUAAUUUGUUAGCAGAGUUUUGAGUUAAACGGAGCUGGAGCGGCUCAUGUUACUUUCACUGUUCUGACAACUUGAUAAACAAAAAGAAAGAAAAAAAAAACGAGUGAGGAUAAAAGAUUAGUCUCUGACCGGAUGAUGGAAGCAUCAGCAGAAGGCACCGCAGAAAGAGCAACACAUGCAGCUGUAAAGGGAGAAGCUGCCAUCAAACAAGAAUUCCUCACCACCAAAGAUCAAUUUCACGGCUAUCUGGAUACAGAAUGGCAGGGCUCAAAAGGAGAGAAGAACAGUGAAAAGUGCACACUCGAAGAGAUAAAAGAUCCCUCUGUGGAAGAACCCGAGUGUAAAAAACCCAAGCUGGACCCCGAAGACGAGACGAAAAGCGGGAAACCCGAUAAGAAAAGGUUUCGGGGACAGAAUAAGUCGAGGCCCCACACGAAGCCCAACACCUACGAAGAAAAGCGACUGUGUUUGUCAGCCAUUCAGAAGGACUACCACUGCAGGUUUGGGGACAAAUGCACGUUUUACCACGAAGUCGGCGAGUACAUGGCCUCCAAGCCUGCUGACAUCGGGGAGCGUUGCUACGUCUACGACACAUUUGGAAAGUGUGAAUAUGGGCUCGCCUGCCGCUUCGCCAAGGCGCACACCACCGCUGACUUUAAAACCCUGGAGAAGGCCGACUUGGUCAAAGCCUGCGAAGGCAGGACCGUGGUGAAGAACAGCCUGGGGAAAGACCUGCAGUAUCGUCUGAGGAAGCGCUCCGUCACCUUCGCAAAGUCAGAGGAGUACCUGAAGACACUUUCGAACAACAAAGAUAAACAGGAACCGCAGAGGAACGGGGAUGUUUGUACAGCGGCUGUAUCUGCAGACCCUAAGGAAGAAAAGCAGGAAGAACCGCUUCCCACCGGCCAAGACGUGCAGCCUCCAGUAAAGACCGUAGGCCCGCUAACCGAUGCCGAUGUGAUCAAACUGCGGCCCUGUGAAAAGAAAACGGUGGACUUCCGGGACAAGCUCUAUCUUGCUCCACUGACGACUUGUGGGAACCUGCCUUUCCGUCGCGUGUGCAAGCGCUUCGGCGCAGACAUCACCUGCGGGGAGAUGGCCAUGUGCACGAAUCUGCUGCAGGGGCAUCAGUCAGAGUGGGCCCUCCUCAAGAGGCAUGAGAGCGAAGAUCUGUUCGGUGUUCAGGUCGAAGGCUGUUUCCCUGAUACCAUGACGAGGUGUGCGGAGCUCAUCAACAGCCACACCGAUGUUGAUUUUGUGGAUAUCAACUCUGGAUGCCCCAUUGAUCUCGUUUACAAGAAGGGUGGAGGAUGUGGCUUGAUGACCAGAACCAGAAAAUUUGAACAGAUCAUCAAAGGAAUGAAUUACGUCCUCGACGUUCCUUUAACCGUCAAGAUCCGCACCGGUGUUCAGGAGAAGUCCAACAUCGCACACAAACUCAUCGGAGAAAUGAAGAACUGGGGCGUCUCCAUGAUCACACUGCACGGCAGAUCCAGGGAGCAGCGCUACACAAAGUUAGCUGACUGGGACUACAUCAGCACAUGCGCCAAGGCGGCCAGCCCCGUUCCACUCUUUGGUAACGGAGACAUCCUGUCUUAUGAGGACGCCAUGAAAGCGAGAGAGACCGGUGUUUCGGGUGUCAUGAUUGCAAGGGGCGCCCUCAUCAAACCUUGGAUCUUCACUGAGAUAAAGGAGAGCCGACACUGGGACAUCUCUUCCGGCGAGCGGCUGGACAUCCUCAAGGACUUCACCAACUUUGGCCUGGAGCACUGGGGCUCCGACACUCGCGGCGUGGAGAAGACCCGCAGCUUCAUGCUGGAGUGGCUCUCCUUCAUGUGCAGAUAUAUUCCUGUGGGCCUGUUGGAGCGAGUGCCUCAAAAGAUCAAUGAGCGGCCUCCAUAUUACAUGGGCAGGAACUACUUGGAGUCGCUGAUGGCCAGUCAAUAUGUUGAGGACUGGAUAAGGAUAAGUGAAAUGUUGCUCGGACCUGUCCCGAAGAACUUCAACUUUUUACCGAAGCACAAAGCAAAUUCCUACAAGUGAUUUUUCUUUAUGUGGACUUAAGAAUACUGGAGGAGCCUGUUUUUUUUUUUUUUUUUGUUUUUUUUUUAAUGGUUAUAAAAAACAAGAUCAAGAAAGGAAAUAUGAUUUAUAAAUUACAAAGACUGCUUUAAAUCUGUUUUAUUUGUUUUGUGUAACAGAAUAAAUACAUUUCACUGAA